ACCCCGUUUCUGAGAAAUCUAGAGAGCCGGCCCUAGUCCCACCUCUACUACAGCCCACAGCCCUAUUAGGACGGUCCCCUCAUGGUGGAGGGGCGGUAGCCUGGAGCUUUUCUCCCCUCCUCUCCUCACGAUGGGCUUUCCUAUAAACACUGUGCCCGCUGGCUGGCUGGAUGGACCACCGACUCCUCUGAAGCCCACACUAUAUAACCACCAACACACCCUGGAACAGGAUACAUAACGCGGUUAUUAAGAAGAUGGCUACGGAAAACUUGGAAAUGAACGGUGAUGCUGACCGGAACGACGAGGCGGCGGUUCCGCUGCGACACCGCUGGAGGAGGCCACAGGACCCUCUGAACAUGAACCAUUACGCCAACAAGAAGAGUGCAGCAGAGAGCAUGCUGGAUGUGGCUCUGCUGAUGGCUAAUGCCUCACAGCUGAAGGCCGUGCUGGAGCAAGGACCAGGAUUCACCUUCUACGUGCCCCUCAUCACUCUUAUCAGCAUCUCCCUCAUCCUGCAAAUCGUAGUGGGAGUUAUGCUCAUCUUCAUUGUAAAGUGGAACCUGAAUGAUGAAAGCAUGCAUUACAAGCUGAACAUCAUGGAGAAUAUCGCCACUGCCUUCGUCUUCAUCAUAGUCGUGAUCAACGUCUUUAUCACAGCCUUUGGAGUCCAGCGGCCCCUCCCAAGUUCAUGAUCACUGUAUACAUGACUCUCCUGCCUGCUGAUCAACUUAAAGAAAAGAUGGACUGAAACAUUAUUUAUGCAAAUGACCAGGAUAUGUAUUCAUCAAAUUAAAGGGCAGUGCAGGUGUACUGUAAUUCAACCUCCAAGGCUUGAGGAGACGCAACAUACCCGAGGAUCAGGUGACUGACAGGGUGUGUGUGUGACUGUGUAUGUGUGUGUGUGUGUGUGUGUGUGUGUGUGUUAGAGUAGGCUAUGGACAAAUGUGUGGUCAGUUUUUAUUUCACAUGGUUAUUUUGUUACCUCUUAUCAUGCUCUGGUUACUGAUACAAAAAAAUGAUUGCCUUUACAUUACUGGUAACAUAUCAGGAGCAAUAUACUGUGUGUCAUUCACAACCAUUGUGAAUGUUUCCUGUAAACAGACAAACAAUAGACUGUUUUGUUUACUGUUAUUUACUGUUAUUUCCGUAUCUGUCAUUUUACACCUGUUUGCCUCCAGCUUUAAAAACAAAUCCAAAUGUCUAAUCCAAAUGUCAUCCUUAAUAAUGAGUGCAUCAGUAGCCAUUGAGGCCUACUGCAACAUGAUAUAACAGCGUUAGAAUAAAAACGUUGCCCCCCAUAAUAAGUUAUUAUGGGAGCAAGAAUUUUCAGUUGUUUACACCGUUAUAAACCUCAACCAAGAAAUGAAGUGGACCUUACAUGAUUUAUUUCUUUAAGUGCUAUGCAAAGUUUAGUGUGUGUUGUUUAAAUGAUUUUUCUAUAUUAGUUAAUGUCUUUAAGUGUUUGAGCAGUGAAGUCUAUGAUGUACGUAGUUACAUUUACGGUUAUUUCCACUUUUUUUUAAGGACCAAAUAUUUUCAAAGCUUUUACAACAUGACCUUGUAUUCCACACUGUGACUACUGUUUUAAAUGAAAUUUUUAAAUAAAACUACAGAAA